GCUUGGCGUUAGCCCUGGCGAUAAUUAAUCGCACAUCUCUAAUGCAUUUGUGUAUGCAAUAGACACAUUUGUAUGCCAAAAUUAUUUACAUUCGUUUAACUGGACAAAAAGCAAAAUGGAUAACUUGGCGCUGAGGCGAGGGGCCAAUGCCAGCUGCAACUUCAACAAUAUGACAGACGAACAGCUGCAGGCUUGGCACACAGCAGUAGUGUCGGAGGCGCAGCGCGAGAAUUAUGUUAACCAUAACUUGGAAAUUGUGCGACAUUAUCGCACCGAGGCGAUUUCCCGAGCGCCCGCUUUCGACCUUGAGCGCAAUGCCAUAGACGCAGCAAUCGCCCGGCAUGGCCUAUGCGUGCCCCAUGCUGUUGCCAGCAGUGAGAGCAUUGCACGCAACCAGGCAGCAGCAGCAGCAGCAGCCGCCGCCGCCGCCGCCGCCGCUGCCCAGGAGGAGGUACAACCGCCUCCAAUACGACGGCCACGACUGGAGCAGCCGGAGGAGCAGCAGCAGCCGAAUGCUACUGAUGAGCCCAGCGUGAGCGGCACAGCUACAGCAACAGCUACAGGGACAGGCAACAGGUAUGGCCACUAUGUGGCACUGGCCCACAUAUUCUCCGAUACGUAUGCGGCACGCAGCACGGAGCCAACUGUCGCAGCCGGUGGAACCGUGAGUGCCAAUGGCCAUGUCAAUAGCACUAAUAAUAAAAGUAGUAGUAAUAAUAAAAAUCAGGAGCCCGAGGAGGCGGAAAUCAAUGAUAUGGCGAUAACGAAGACCAUUGAUACUCUGGGCCUGCGUCGCACCUAAUUCAGUUGUAUUAACAUUUAAGUAUCAUAUUUAUUCAAACAAUUGUUAAAAGAUCAGUGUGUGCAACAUAUUGUUUAGAACGUGUAAUGUAUGUGUAUUUAACUAGACGUUAUUUCCAAAAUUUGUUUCCCGGUAUAGGCAAGAAACAAAAAAUGAUAUUUGAUAGAUGCUGUAUGAUGUAAAUAAUAUCAGUUGACUUUUGUAAA